AUGACCACCUCCUGCUGCUCCCCUUGCUGCCAGCCCACCUGCUGCAGCACCACCUGCUGCAGAACCACCUGCUGGAAGCCAACCUGUGUGACCAGCUGCUGCCAGCCCUGCUGCUGUGAGCCCAGCUGCUCCCAGCCCAGGUGCUGUAUCUCCAGCUGCUACCAACCCUGCUGCCAGCCCAGCUGCUGUGAGUCCCCCUGCCUCAAGCCCUGCUGUGAGCGCUUCUGCCUCAGGCUGAGCUGGCAGCCAGCUUGCUGACCUGUGACCUGCACCAGAACUUGCUACCACCCCUCAUGUGUCUGUGUGCCUGGCUGCCUAUCCCAAGGCUAUGGGUCCAGCUGCUGUGAGCCCUGCAGCUGGUAA